CGCGAUCUUUGACAUGCGUGAUAAGGUAUCAAGUUCUGGAGACUGUCCCAAGCCUCAGGACACGAGAGAUACAGUCAAGUUUUCGACCUCCGACGACCCAAAUAUUCCUGCGCCCGGUGAGCCCUUAUGCUCUUCGAAGUCUUACAAUGACAGAGAAACACUUUGUUAGUAACAAUCAGACGUUCUCUACUCUCCCCCACCAAGUUUUUGCCAAGAGAUGCGAUCGCGGCCGCGGAGAAGAUGCGAUUCCAACAAUUCCC